CCAUCAGUAAACUCAUGUCAGUAGUAGGCUAUUCAGCCGUUAGUCACUUGGCUGGAAGAAGGGAAUACUACAUGACAGAAGAAAGACACCUCUGCCCAAUUCUAUUGGAACAGUCGUUGGUUUUAUUGGGGAAAAAUAUGCGACCUUCACGACUUAAAAGAACGUGAUGGGGAAAGGAAUACAUUUUUUAAAAGAGUAUUGUAACUCGACGUCCAUUGGAGGAAACCAGUUACUGUCUUUAGGCUUACUACUAGUUCUGUGUUUUAUCAGAUCAACGUUAGGUUUUCAUGGAGCAUGUUCUUUAUUAUUAGCCUACCUGUACAGGUCUAAUGUCUUAGUUAAAGACAUUUAGCUGUAGGUAGGUAAGCUGCCUUGACGGGCACAGGCUAGAUGGGAUUCAAGGUUUUUCAAAAAAAUGUGAUGGGAGUCCUUCUCAAGGAGGGUAACGUUAACAUGUUUAUCUCGGGUAUCAGAUACGAUAAUUGUGGAUACAUUUUCAGCAAAACCCGACGUCAUUGACUUGUUUUCUUUAUCGGCAAAAGUUGUGUCUGUUUAAUUAAAUCAACCACAUGAGCGGCGUCUAAAUUAAGGACGCGUUCGGAGGGGUGAAAGGCGACGCGAAGAACAUUUCCCGACAACGAGAAAAUACAGUUUAAUUCAAAUUCUCUGGAAUUGUCGCUGUCCAACACAAGGAAAUGGAAAGUGAGGUUUUUACGCCAUUGUUGGAACAAUUUCUGCUCACGCCAUUGGUCGCCUGGGUUAAGGCGGCUGGGCAUUCAUCAGGAAACGAUGGCACCAAACUAUCGGAAUACAUUGAAUUGUUGGAUGGCAUUUAUUUAAACGAGAUCAUGCUUGAGAUAAAUCCAAAAGCCACUGUUCAAAGAACCAACAAGAAAGUGAACAAUGACUCAACACUGCGCAUACAAAACCUCUCCAUCCUGAUCCGGCAGAUAAAGUCGUACUACCAGGAGACCCUCCAGCAGCUGGUGGCGAUGCCUCUCCCCAACGUGCUGGUGCUGGGCAGGAACCCUCUCAGUGAGCAAGGUCUGGAGGAGAUGAGGAAGCUGUUGUUGCUGUUGCUUGGCUGUGCUGUCCAGUGUGAGAAGAAAGAAGAGUACAUCGAGAGGAUCCAGACCCUAGACUUUGACACAAAAGCUGCCAUAGCAUCUCACAUCCAAGAGGUGACCCACAACCAGGAGAAUGUUGUGGACCUACAGUGGCUGGAGGGGGGUGACCUGCCCCCAGAGGACCUGGACUCCUUCUCCAGGAACAUGGCCUUCCAUCUCAAACGCCUGGUGGACGAGAGAGACGACCAGCUGGAGACCAUUGUGGAGCUGACCCAGGAGAGGGACUGUGGACUGUACUCUCCUCCGCCCCUCUUUGCCCAGUCGCCCAACGACUCUCCUAGCUUGCGCCGCACAGAGAGCCGCCAGCACCUGUCUGUGGAGCUGGCCGACGCCAAGGCCAAGAUCAGACGCCUGCGCCAGGAGCUGGAGGAGAAGAGUGAGCAGCUGCUGGACUGUAGACAGGAGCUGGACAAUAUGGAGACUGAGAACAAGAGGAUUCAGCAAGAGAGCUUGCAGUUGUUGUCAGACGCGCGUGCUGCCAGGGCCUAUCGUGACGAGCUGGACGUUCUGAGAGAGAAGGCCAUCAGAGUGGACAAGCUGGAAAGUGAAGUGGGACGCUACAAGGAGAGGCUCCAUGACAUUGAGUUCUACAAAGCUAGAGUGGAGGAGCUGAAGGAGGACAACCAGGUUCUGCUGGAGACCAAGGCCAUGCUUGAGGACCAGCUAGAAGGAACCAGGGCUCGCUCUGACAAACUCCACGAACUGGAGAAAGAGAGCCUGCAGCUCAAAUCCAAGAUCCACGACAUGGAAAUGGAGCGGGACAUGGACAGGAAGCGUAUUGAGGAGCUGCUAGAGGAGAACCUGGUGCUAGAAAUGGCCCAGAAACAGAGCAUGGACGAGUCUCUCCACCUGGGCUGGGAGCUGGAGCAGCUCUCCAAGACCCCUGAUCUGACAGAAGUGCCUCAGAAGUCUCUGGGCCACGAGGUGAAUGAACUGACGUCCAGCCGCCUGCUGAAGCUGGAGAAGGAGAACCAGGCCCUGCUGAGAACCGUGGAGGAGCUGAGGGGCUCUGCCAGCGAGGACGCCCCUGCACACCGCCUCAAGGCCGACAAGGAGGACCAGAGGCUCACCCAGAGGCUGGGGCAGCUGGAGAGUGAGCUGAACACAGGCAGGGAACGUCUGUGCAGUGCAGAGAGCCUCAGCACUGACCUGAUGAAGGAGAAGGCUCUGUUGGAGAAAACCCUGGAGACACUGAGAGAGAACGCAGAUAGACAGGUGAAAAGCCUGGAGCAGGAGAACGAGCAUCUGACCCAGACUGUCUCGUCGCUGAGGCAGCGCUCCCAGGUGGGUGCUGAGGCGCGGGUCAAAGACGUGGAGAAGGAGAACCGCGUGCUGCACGAGUCCAUCCGGGAGACCAGCUCCAAGCUCAACAAGCUGGAGUUUGAGCGCAAACAGCUGCGUAAGGACCUUGAGAUGUACAAGGAGAAAGGCGAGAGGGCUGAGGAGCUGGAGGUGGAGGCGCAGCGGCUGGAGAGGGAGAACGAGGCCCUGCAGAAACGAGUAGCCAGUCUGGGCAUCACCUGUGACAAGGUGGUGUCUCUGGAGAAGGAGAACUCCGAGCUGGAGGUAGAAGGCCGACGUUUAAAGAAGGUGGUGGAUGGCCUGCGGAGCACAUCCUUCCAGUUAGAGGCCCUGGAGAAGGAGAACUCCCAGCUGGACGAGGAGAACCUGGAGCUUCGCAGGACUGCUGAGGUGCUCCGCUCGGCAGGGAACAAGGCGGCUCAGCUGGAGCUGGAGAACCUUGAGCUGGAGAGUGAGAGGAGCCAGCUGAAAAGGAGCCUGGAGCUGCUCAAGGCCUCCUCCAAGAAAACUGAGAGGCUCGAGGUGAGCAACCAGGGCCUGGAUACGGAAAACCAGCGGCUGCAGAAGGCCCUGGACAACAGCAGCCGCAAGAUGCAGCAGUUGGAGGGGGAGCUGCAGGAUGUAGAGCAGGAGAACCAGAGCCUGCAGAGGAGCCUGGAGGAACUGAAGAUCUCCAGCAAACGUCUGGAGCAGCUGGAGCAGGAAAAUAAGACUCUGGAGCAGGAGAGCUCUCAGCUGGAGAAGGACAAGAAGCACCUGGAGAAGGACAACAAGAGGCUGAGACAGCAGGCGGAGAUCAGGGACUCCAAGAUGGACGAGGACAACCUUAAGAUCAGCCACCUGGAGAAGGACAACCGUUCGCUGGGCAAGGAGAUGACCUCCUUCAAGGACUCCUGCAACCGCCUCAAAGAUCUGGAGAAGGAGAACAAGGAGCUGGUCAAACAGGCCACCAUCGAUAAGAAGACACUAGUCACUCUACGAGAGGAACUGGUGAGUGAGAAACUGCGGACUCAGCAGAUGAACAAUGACCUGGAGAAACUGACCCACGAGCUGGAGAAGAUAGGCCUCAACAAGGAGAGGCUGCUGCAGGACAAGCAGAGCUUUGACAACGACAGGUACAAGCUGCUGGAGUUCAAGCUAGAGUCCACUCUCAAAUCUACUCUGGAGAUCAAGGAGGAGAAGAUAGCAGCCUUGGAGGCCAGACUGCAGGAGUCCUCCAACCUCAACCAACAACUGCGCCAGGAGCUCAAAACUGUAAAGAAGAACUAUGAGGCCCUGCGACAGAGGGAGGAGGAGGAGAGGAUGGUGCAGAACUCACCCCCCAGAAGAGGGGACAGGGAGGACUCUCAGGCGGUCAACAAGUGGGAGAAGGAGAGCCACGAGACCACCCGGGAACUGCUCAAGGUCAAAGACCGCCUCAUCGAGGUGGAGAGAAACAAUGCCACCCUACAAGCAGAGAAGCAGGCCCUGCAUACCAAUCUGAAGCAGCUGGAGACCCAGAGCAGUAACCUGCAGGCUCAGAUUCUGGCUCUACAGAGACAGACUGCAUCUCUACAGGAGAACAAUACCACCCUACAGACCCAGAAUGCCAAACUACAAGUGGAGAACUCCACCCUGAACUCCCAGAGCGGCACUCUCAUGGCCCAGAAUGCCCAGCUUGCGACACAGCAGUCCAGCACGGAGAACGAGAAGGAGGGGGCGAUGAGGGAGAGGGAGGACCUGAGGUCCACCUAUGAGAUGCUACUGAGGGACCAUGAGAAGUUGGCUGCCCUGCAUGAGAGGCAGGCCUCAGAGUAUGAGGGCCUCAUUAGCAAACAUGGAGGCCUGAAAAGUGCCCACAAGAGCCUGGAAUCACAGCACAGAGACCUGGAGGACAGGUAUAAUCAGCUGCUGAGGCAGAAGGAUCAGCUGGAGGAGCUGGAGAAACAGCUGAAGGCAGAGCAGGAGAAGAUGCUGUCUGAGAACAAGAGCCACGAGGCCACGGCUAUAGACUACCACAAACUGAAAGAGGAGAAUGAAAGGCUGAACAUGGCACACCGCCAGCUGGUGAAGGAUAAUGAGGGCCUGCAGGUUGACCAUAAGAACCUGAAGAGCCAGAUGAACGGUGCCAAGCUGGAACAGACCCGCCUGGAGGCAGAGUUCUCCAAACUCAAAGAGCAGUACCAGCAGCUGGACAUCACCUCCACCAAGCUCACCAACCAGUGUGAGUUGCUGAGUCAGUUGAAGGGGAACCUGGAGGAGGAGAACCGUCACCUGCUGGACCAGAUCCAGACCCUGAUGCUGCAGAACCGCACCCUGCUAGAACAGACCAUGGAGAGCAAGGACCUGUUCCACGUAGAACAGAGACAGUACAUUGACAAGCUGAACGAGUUGAGGAGACAGAAGGAGAAGCUUGAAGAGAAGAUCAUGGACCAGUACAAGUUUUAUGACCCCUCUCCUCCACGGAGACGAGAGAAUUGGAUCACCCUGAAGAUGAAGAAGCUGAUCAAGCCGAGGAGUCGGGAGCGGAUGCGUUCCCUGACACUGACUCCCACGCGCUCCGAGUCCAGCGAGGGCUUCCUGGGGCUUCCUCUGGACAGCCAGGACUCUUCCUCCAUAGGCUCUGGCUCCAACUCCCUGGACGACACACUGACACAAAAGAGGAACAGCAGGAAGAAAGACUCUCAGAGAGUGCAGCACUCCCAUGUGCAGAGUAACCAGGGUAACCAAGGUUCCUCUAAUGCUGUGAAAUGGUUGCCCUUUAUGAGGAACAGAUCGAAGGAGAAAGACAAAGCGAAGGACAUCUACCGCCGGUCCAUGUCCAUGAAUGACCUGCUGCAGACCAUUGCCCUGGCAGGGGGCCAGUGGGCGGGCAGCACAGAGAACCUGGAGGGGCCCGUGGAGGCCAACGGGGGCAGCCGAAGUCGGCACAUGAAGGAGCUGGGUUCCAUGGCCUACUCCACUAACGCUAUCAACUACACCACCCUCACUUUGCCCUCUGGCAACAGGGCCAAGAGGAGCUUGAAGAUCAAAGACAACGCUUCCUGUGAAGACGUUCCAGCAUCCUCAGACGACCCCAUUGGGUUCAGUGGUCAAGGCCUACAGGUCUUUAGCAGUGCUCAGGCUAUGUCGCCCUCUGCUCUCGACCCGUCCGCUAUGUGCAGAGUCCCCUGUAGCAUCUGUUCCUCACGAGCCUCCAGCCUCCAUAGUAUCAAGACCAUCAGCAGUAAUACCUCCCACUCCACUCCGCUCGAGGCCAAAGGCACGUUGAACGGAAACCUCAGCAGGCCCCACAGUGAGAGCAGUGGGGAGUUCAGCCUCAGUCUGGAUCAGGAGGAGUGGUCCAGCGGGAGCAGCCCUGUCCAGCAGCCCCUGUCCCACUCCUCUCACCAGAGCUCCAUGCUGCUGCAGAGGUCCCUGGACCCCCAGGCCACACAGGCCAAGAAGAAAAAUGGCAGCGCCAGCGAGGUGCUCUCUCUACAGCAGUUCCUAGAGGAGCACAUCGACCCUGCAGAGUCUCAGUCAGAUUCUCUUGGCUGCCAGUCUCCCCGCCUUUCCGGAGGCGCUGAGCAUGUGCAGAGAGACCGGGCCAAGCGAGGCUCCACCGGCACUAAGGGGCGGGGCAUCCUGCGCUCAGCCAGUGGGAAGGCAGCGUCAGUGAACUCCGAUGGCCGCCCCACCAGGGGUGGCCAACCAGGUCAUCCCAGCUUACGAAAGGCAGAGAGUACGCGUGUGAAGGGCAUGGUCCUGCCACGGGUCAGCCUCUCCUCCCAGAGUAAAGCCGUGUCUGUGUCUGAGCGUCUGGACAUCUCCUCCUCCAUGCUGCCCCGGGCCAGCAGCGUCAUAUCCACAGCCGAGGGCUCCACACGUCGGACCAGCAUCCAUGAUCUGCUGUCCAAAGACACCCGGCAGCCCGUGUCUGUGGACCCCUCACCCUCCUCAAAGGCCUUGCCUCGCGCCUACACCACGCCCAAUGUGGAAGUGUUACAAGAGCGCAGAAAGUCAAAAAGCAGUGGGGAGCAACAAAGCUCCUAAACAUUACUCAUCGGCUACCGUUAUGAGCUCAAGUGGUGAGUGCUGCUCUGAGUCCAGUGGGAGGGGGGUGCUCCAUGGUAACCCGGUGGCUUAACAGAUGUCCCAUCCUGUUCAUGCUUGCUUAUGCUAUGCUGGUGUUGUAAAGGGCACAUGAAUGGAGCCUGGUCUGCAUGGCGUCCCUAAUAACAGGAGGUCCUGACCUGCUACACUCCCUCCCUGUUCCUCAGUGUAACGUGUUUAUAGCUGGCUUUUCUUUUACUUUUCUCUGCUGGUAUUCAGGAAAAACACUGGUGGCUCUAUAGGAGGUUGUGAUCCCUUUGUGAGCUUAUCUGCAGUGCUGCAUGGAUUGUGGGUCAAGCAGCUGAAACCCCUCCCUGUCAAUGCAUGUAGACUGCUUUCCAGUGCGCCCAUAUAUAUGUUCAUCCUCUUCUCUGAUGUCAUCUGCCGCUAACCUCGUUUUCUGUCCUCUUCUCUCUUCACUCUUCUGCCUGCCUCCAACUCAGAGAGAAAAGUGACCUUCAAGCUGUUUGUCUGACUCUGAAGCCAUUUAAAAGUUGAUCUACUGAGAUGGUCUUCAGUGUGAAAAAAGAUGUGU